UUUCCUGCCUGCGUGUCAAGUGACCAGAAAAUUUAUUUACUUGUCGGUCCCUUUUUCGUUGUUUUGGGGAUUAAUUCGCUAUUUUCUCUCUUCUCCGGGCGUCGCUUGGGUAUAGAUGGUGUACUUUGGCGUUUGUUGGAGUGCGUGUUCCUCCUCAUCACCGAGAAAAGGGGUUUUGAUCAUGUGGUGAAGAGAAAUGACAGCUUUUCUGGAAAGGAAAGGAGAGGAAAAAAGUGAGAGGGCUGCGACACCAUGAGUUGGUUCGACACGGCUGGGUUCACUUCUCUGGCCAAGUCCGCCCUGAAGGAAGCCCAGCGCACCAUUGACAAAGCCCUAGACAUCGAGGAGGACACUGAGAAUGUCGUGCCGGCCGCGACCUUCACUUCGCCUGGACAGAAAGGGAUUUCAGAGAAGCUCAAAGAAGAAUCGGAGAAUUUCUUCGCCUCCUUCGGCCUCGACAAGAAAAAAUCCCCCCUGACGCCUGCCAACUCGCCUGUGGACACAUCGGCAGGAACGACUCCCGUGCAAGAUGGGCGCAAAACUUCGUCUGCCAUGGUUGGGAGUCUUUGGGGCUCUUUCACUGGUUCCUUCUUUGAAAAUACACUUAUUGGUAAACAGCAGUCAGAGGACAUCCCAGGAAGUACAUCGGAGAAGGACGUGGUUGCCACUCAGCCUCCUCGCAGCAGUACCAGUUUACCGUCACUGAAGCUAGCCAAGAGUCCCGUGUCGACUCAGCCUCGCACGUCUAGCCUGGAAGAGCAGAGAGGAGUUCAGCAGAGUGAAGUUGGAGAAGCCGAGGAGCAGAAGUCGGCAGACGAUGGCGAGGGCAGCAGACAGGAGUGGGGUUGGGGCUGGGAAAGCAGCAUAAUGGUGAUGUCCGGUGAACAGCAGCAGUUGGAAGGGGAAUUUGGUGCAUCCCAAGCUGAGCUAGAAGCCAGAGAGGACAGUUUAGCCGAUGACUCUAUAGAUGUAGAAGGUUUUGCCAGAAGCCGCUUGGUCGUGGGCAGUGUUGACAGCGACAGCGGAGGCUUGAUGCGCCAGGAAAGCCAGGGGUCGCUGUGCGGGAGAUCCGUAGACUUGGAUGUUCCCUCCUCUAUCUCAGAAGAUGUGUUUGAUGGCAACAUGGAGAGCCACAGAACCAGCUUACUAGAGAGGGGCUGUGACCCAGGGAACGAAUUUUCCGAAGCUCCCAGAAGAAGUAGCCUCAGUCAUCUCAUUAGGGCAGAAAACUUAGAGCAAAAGGCUGCAAUGUCACGGGGUAAUUCCGAAGUCGACACACCAGACAGCAUAGUGGUACUCACAUCAGACGGCAGCUCACCAGAGGGGGAUUCUUCACGAGUCAGCACGGGUAGUACCGACAGAUCAAAGCUGACGGUAAACCUGCAUCCCGAAAAAAUCACCAGUCCUAUCAGCUCCCCAGAGUCAAUAGAAGUUCUUGGGUCAUCUAGUCUGGUAACUUCACCUUCUUCUAUAGAGGUUUUAAGUGGUGUAUCAUCUAGCGACUCAUCUCCCACGCAUCAGGAUUCAUGUAGUAAUACCCUAACCCAGGACCUAAGUCCCACUCCUACUCACAUCGUCAGCACUCAGCCGACACUACAUACAUCGAAUAAGCACGCUGUAGAAGCCCCCGCACUCAGUUCUGCCUUGAAUCAGGAGAAAGUCCAGCAGGAAAGCCGAGGAAACGAUAAGUCUUCCAUAGAUAGAAAGGAGUACGAGUCGAAGGGGAAUGCGGAAGAGUCCACUACUAGUCAGGGCCAGGCUGUGGUGAAGCAGCCCACCCACAGGGAGUCAGAGGAACCCGUCAGUUCCUCAAAAGAGGAGGCGAGUCCAAAAGUGCCGGCAGAGAGCAGUCCUGGCAUCAGGGAGGCAGACAGUAGUUCCCGAGCCAGCAGCAGUCUGACCGAGGACACGUCUGCCAGCGAGAGCAUGCAUAGCACAUCCACCUCCAGCACCCACACAGUUCUUGAUGCCAGCUUGAUUGCUCAUGACACUCAAGUACCCACGGAGCCAGUGGAAUCAGCACCACCUGAAGGAGGAACCCAGUCUUCAGCACCUGAAGGAAAUGUUAUUGCUGCAGAUGAAGCCAGCAAGUGUGACAGUGAGGCAGCAGUUGAAGAAAGGAAAGGGGUUGCCACUGCAGCAUCUGGGACUCUCAGUACUGCAGAUGUUGUAGCAGAAGGAAUGGAAGGAAACAUUGCUGGGGCAUCGCUUGACAUGUCAGUGGAAAGUGGUGGCAGUUCUGACACCAUUACAGCCUCUGUGGAUUCAACACAGAUGUUAUGGUCCAGUAGAUCCCACAUCAGUGGAAGCGAACAAGAACAAAUAGACAGUAGUAUAAUUCAGGAUAGUGGAAUGACGGGUUCAGGAGGCUCCGUCGUGAGGUGCCUCCUGGAGGAAGCCAUGGGGGAUGAAGAGGCCACUAGCGGAGCAUCGUCCCCACCAGAGAGGGAACACUCUCCAUCAUCCUCUGAAAGGUCUGAGGCACUGAAAGUCGGAUCUGGCCACACGUCAGGGCACAGCUCGGGUGAUGAGAUUGAAACCACAACAUCAUCUGAUAUUGAAGUUAUAUCCAGCCCAAGCUUAGACGGGAGCACAGUUGCACGAGGAUCGGCAGCAGCGUCAAGAGUCUGGGCGUCCGCACAAAGAGGACUCCGAAGCUUCCUCAACGACAGAUCUGAAUCACCUGCGUCAGAUUCCUCUUCCAACAACAAGAAGAACAAUACAGAGAAAGGUAAUUGUCACUUUUUUUUCUUUUUCUUUUUUUUUCUUUUUUUUUUUUAUUGUUUCUUUCUGCUAACUCUGGAUCACCAUCUCAUAACGACAUUGAAUUUGCCAUUGGUGCAUGAGCAUAGAUAUGUCUUUGUCUCCAGCCCAAGCUUAGACGGGAGCACAGUUGCACGAGGAUCGGCAGCAGCGUCAAGAGUCUGGGCGUCCGCACAAAGAGGACUCCGAAGCUUCCUCAACGACAGAUCUGAAUCACCUGCGUCAGAUUCCUCUUCCAACAACAAGAAGAACAAUACAGAGAAAGCGGAGACCGUCCCCUCAUCCAUGACCACUAGCUUCACCAGCAUCAGCGAAUCCGAAGGAGAGCCCUAUACCCCUCUGGUCCUGGGUGACCUCAAUAGUCUUGAUCAUUCGCGCAUCUCUCAGGUGCUCCACGACUUGCAGCACUUUGAGAAAGGCCAUCGUCGUAACCAGUCAAAUCUCUCGGAAACAAGUGAGAGUUCUUCGGAGCCACAUUCUCCAGAGGUUGAAAAACUUCUCAAGAAAAUAUCACAGUUAUCCGAGAUAUUGGAAGCGCGAGAGACAAAAUUGAUGGAGUUGAGUCAAGUCAAUGCAGCACUACAAGAUACAAAUUUACGAUUAAAAACUAACAUCGAGGAGCUGGAAGGAGGAGGAGGCACAGACGCUACUGAGUCUCUGCGAGAGGAGUAUACUCAGCGCUUGGUCACCAUGGAGAGGAAGUUCCAGCAGGCUCUGCGGGAAAAGGAGGCCAUCAAGAAACAGCUGGAGGAGGUCCGAGCGGAGGCAGCAACACGACUCAGCUCCUCCGAGGUAGCCCGGGAACGCGAGGAAAAGGACAUCGUCAUCCAGGAGCUGCGCGAGGAAGGCGAGAAACUCAGCAAGCAGCAACUCAACUACUCCAACAUCAUCAAGAAGCUCAGGGCCAAGGAGAAGGAAAGUGAGACGACCAUCAAGACUCAGAAAGACAAGUUAGAAGAGCAGUCAAGAGAACUAGAGCGCCUGAGGAAGCAGCUUUCCGCCAAAGAGGAGGUGGAGAGACGCCAGAUCGAUGCCGUCUGUCAGCUCAACACCAAUAAUCAGCGACUGGAGCAGCUGAUAAAGGACACCAAUGCGGAGAACGCUGAACUCGAGGGGAAAAUGUCCGUCUUGAAAACUGCUCUGGAUACUGCCUACAAGGAGAUGGCAGAACUGCAACGCGCUGCAGCGACCAAAGAUGCAGAAGCACAAGAACAAGCGCUGAGUGCAGAAGUCGCAGCAAGAAAGCAGAUAGAAGCUGCUUUGGCUGAGGCACAGUCACAGGCGCGCAGAGAGCAGGAGGCACUCAUGGCUCAGGUCUUGGAGUUGCAGGACACGUUAAGCAGAGCGGAGAGUCAAGCCAACAGGAAAGAGAGGCAACUAAGAGCAGACAUAACGGAACUGCAGCAGAGAGUGUCAGAAGCGGAGAGCCGUGCAGAGGAAUUGUCCGGCGCAGUGAGUGCCGCGACACGACCCUUGCUGCGGCAGAUGGAGAACUUGCAGUCGACCCACGCCACUCAGCAGUCCACGUGGGAGAAUCUGGAAGCAACCCUAACCCGACGACUCAAUGAAGCACAGACAACUGCUGCAUCAAGCCUAGAAAAGGAAAGAGCAGCCCGAGAUCAGUGUUCAGAGAUGGGUGCUAAAGCGGCAGCUCUGCAGACACAGGUGGCCAACUUGCAAGCAGAGAACACAAAGCUUUCCUCCGAGCUGGAAAUCCUCACAGCGAAAAUGAACUCCCUGGCGGAAACGCGAUCGAAAGAGAGCACCCAAAUACAAGCUCUCAAGACAUCCUUCGCUGACGAAAUAAGGGAAGUGAAACGCGAGAGAGACAGCUUGGAACAGCAGCUGGAGAUCGAGAAAACAGCUUUAACGGCAGAGAAAAAGAAGACGUUGGCCCUUCAAGACCAGGUGAAAGAACGCGACCGCAAGCUAAUUCAGGCCACGAGCGGUGCGGGGGAGAGCCACACGAGUACCCCACGCUCUUCACCGACACCCUCUCUAUCUCGGCUAUCCAUGACCGGGUCCCUGAACGAAUCUUUCUCUGGAUCGCAAUGGGGGGAUGAAGUAUUUGAGUCAGGUUGGUCUCGAGGAACAUCCCUCUAUGAAUCCAUGAGAGGAAAUGCAACUGCCACGGUUGAGGCUCUUACUUCACAGCUACGACAGAGAGAAGGGGAAGUCCACCAUCUUCACAGUGAAGUAACAAGGUACGAGGCACAGCGUGAGUCCCUAGCACAAGAGCUUGUCUCAAUGACGAGGCAAAUUGAAACACUUCAGACCAAAGUGCAGGACUUUGAGAGACUAAAGGCACAAUAUACAGACAUGGAGCAGAAAUACAAUGCUCUGCUGCAGAUGCAUGGUGAGAAGGUAGAGGAGGUGGAGGAGUUACGUCUGGACUUAGCAGAUGUGAAGGAGAUGUAUAAGGCGCAGAUCGAUGCUCUCCUCAGACAAUAAAACAGAGUCAUUGAAAAGGGUAAUGAAGCCACGAAGGGAGUGACAACUAUCAUCCUGUUUCUCAGUGCAAUAUAACACAUACCAUCUCUCCAACUUGUAAAAUAAAUGAUGCUGCUUUGCUUGAUCUUUUGAUCGGUCAGUUGAAGACACACAACAGGUUGUGUACGCACGUUGAUUUCAUAUUAACUGUGUGCCAUAAUUCACCAUGAGAGUUUACACCUUUUUUUUUCUUUCUUUUGUUGUUUAAUUUGGUUUUUUGUUGUUUUUUUUUCCCCUGUAUAUACUUUGAUACCCUAGAGAACACAGUUGUGCACAGUUUGAUUGUAUAUUUUGAUACUAUGUAUAUAAUGAAAUAUUUAUUUGUUUAUGUUUUUUUGUUUUCUUUUUUUUGUUACAUAUGACGUUGUUCAGUUAUCAACAACAAAAGAAUCAGCUUUCCUCAUUUAUUGGUAGACUUUAAGAUGCUCUUUAUCAUGAGGUCUUUUACUUAUACUUUUUUCUCUCAUUAUUUCUUUUCUUUUUUUUUGUCUUAAUAGUUUCUUAUUUAGUUGGAAGUAUAUUGUUAAUUCUCAUGUAAUAUGGUUAUCUAUGUUGUAUUUAUUCAUAUAUGAGAUUUUGCCAAAAAAUGUUUGUAAAUACAUAUGAACUACCAUAACAGGGUCUGAAAUUUAAACGUUUCCUCCUUUUUUUCUGAAUAGAAAAAGUGCUUACAUAACAAGUGCUACUUUUAUAUUGAAGCAUAUACAGUAUCAGUAUCUCUUUUAUAUCUAUAUUAUUUUUUUCAAGACUUUUGGUCCUUCUAAGGUUUUAGUUAGAAGUCAUGGCUGGCUGUAAAAUUUCUUAAGAAUCCUAUAUGACAUCAGUUAAAAGGAGCAUUAGGAAUCACACACACAGGAAAAAGUUCGAGCAAUAAUAGUUCUCAUUAUUCACAAUUCACUGAAAUCACUUUCGUUCUUACUGGAUCUAGAGUCUUGGCAGAACAGACCACAGUCACUUUCUAUUUCUAUUUCUAUUUCUCUCUCUGUCUCUCUCUCUCUCUCUCUCUCUCUCUCUCUCUCUCUCUCUCUCUCUCUCUCUCUCUCUCUCUCUCUCUCUCUCUCUCUCUCUCUCUCUCUCUCUCUCUCUCUCUCUCUCUCUCUCUCUCUCUCUCUCUCUCUCUCUCUCUCUCUCUCUCAUUUUUGAGUAAGCAUAAUGGAAUUACUACAGACACCAAUACUGGUCCAUUAUUUAUUUAUUUUAAGCCACAUGUAUGGGAACAUUCCUCUGAUUCAAAAACCAAUCCGUAUAUAUUGUUAUUGUCUUUGUUUUAUAUCUGUCCUUAAAGAUCAUCAUGUGAUAAGAUUUUGUGAUCUUUGGUUUUCUUUGGAUUGGUAAUUCUUUUGCACUAAAAUUUUGUCAGGGUAUAACACAUACAUUGAUAUAUUUAUCAGAUGGAAUUUGUCUUCAGCUUGAUAUUGGCUAGAAGUUUCAUCCUGUUUAUUACAUUCUCCUGACGAACAGAUUUACUAUUAAUGGUACUUUUUGAGUAAUCCAAAAUUAUAAUAUUGAGAUAGCACAAAUGUUGUAUGAUAUUGCAGAUAUAGUUUUUAUAUUAUAUUUCCUUAUCUCCAUCCAUAUAGUGGUGUUUAAGGGCUAAGGGUAUGUACUUCACAUUUCUUCCUGCCAGCUAUGUAGUUGAAUAUCCACUUCUGUAAUUCCGUAUGUUAAUUGAAGAACUCUGUAAGAUGUGAUGCAAAUUGUAUUUAACAUAUUGACUUAUGAGAUAUAUUUAUUUUCUCUUUCAAGAAUUGUGUAGAGUGUUUAAAAGGAAAAUUAUAUUAUUUUAGAGCAUAUAUUAAUUUUUUUGUAUGAAAAGAGAACACAAAAUUAGUGUGAAUUUUAAAUGCGUAUUUAGUAAAGGAAUUUCCACA